AUGCCGGUGAUCUUGGGCAACAUGCCCAUGGCCUUGGUGCCUUGGGCCCCAAAACGAAGACACCCGGGUCCAACGAAGAGGGCCUCGAAGGUGCUCUACAAUGUCCACGGCUACGAGAUCUUUCAACUGGGUCUCUUCAACUCGGACCCCCAUGCUGGCAACGUUUUUAUGCUGCCAGAUGGGCGCCUGGGUCUCAUCGACUACGGCGCUUGCACCCGCCUCACCGUGGAGCAGCGCGUGUGCAUUGCGCGAUUGCUGGUGGCUAUCGCCGAUGAAGAUGACGACUCGGUACCGGGUGCCUUCUGGAGCUGCGGCUUCCGGAGCAAAAACCAGGACCCGCGCCUGGCCCUGCUCCUGGCGCACGUCUUCUUCAACCGCGGGCCCUACCCCUACGACAUGAAUCGCUUGGCGCCGAAAGUCGGCAUGCCAGAGGAUGUGGACAUCAUGACUCUAGAUUCCUAUAUUAGGGGCGGAAAGCUCGACGAGAUUGAGGACUUCCCUGGGCAUCUGGUGAUGCUUCAGCGCUGUGCCAUGGUCCUCAGCGGCUUGGCGCUGGAGCUGGGCGCCGGACGCCUCUCCUCCGCGGAGAUGCUGAAGCCCCAGGCGCAGACCUGGCUGCAGCAGUAA